AUGCAGUUCUUCACUACCUUGCUCCUUUUGGUGCCAUUUGUCCUGGCCGCACCUGGUGACGACCUUGGCACCCGUCACAGUGAUUUCCGCUGCACUGCUGCAUCAACCCUCCACCUCAUCGAGGGCGAAUGUACCACCGCUAGCGGCGCCCUGUCCAUCAACUUCCUCAAGGACACCGACUGCGACCUCCAUGCGACCACCGACUGCUCUGACACCCCAGACUACCGACUCCUGCAGCAGGGAUGCCGCAACUUCAUGCCAGGUGAUGAGAAGUACAAGGCAAUCAGGUGUGCUGCUAAGGCAUAA